GCCAUGAACGGCCUGUCGGUGAGCGAACUCUGCUGCCUCUUCUGCUGCCCGCCCUGCCCCGGCCGCAUCGCUGCCAAGCUGGCCUUCCUGCCGCCCGAGCCAACCUACUCCCUGGUGCCCGAGCCUGAGCCCGGGACUGGGGCCGCUCCCUCGGGCCCCCUGCGGGCCUCGGCUGGAACCCCCGGACGCUGGAAGCUGCACCUGACCGAGCGAGCCGACUUCCAGUACAGCCAGCGGGAGCUGGACACCAUCGAGGUGUUCCUGACCAAGAGUGCCCGGGGCAGCCGCAUCACCUGCAUGUACGUGCGCUGUGUGCCUGGUGCCAGGUACACGGUCCUCUUCUCCCAUGGGAACGCGGUAGACCUGGGUCAGAUGAGCAGCUUCUAUGUGGGCUUGGGCACCCGCAUCAACUGCAACAUCUUCUCCUACGACUACUCGGGCUACGGCGGCAGCUCCGGCAAGCCCUCGGAGAAGAACCUCUAUGCCGACAUUGAUGCAGCCUGGCAGGCGCUGCGCACCAGGUACGGCAUCAGCCCGGACAGCAUCAUCCUGUACGGACAGAGCAUCGGCACGGUGCCCACGGUGGACCUGGCCUCGCGCUAUGAGUGCGCCGCCGUAGUGCUGCACUCCCCGCUCACCUCGGGCAUGCGCGUCGCCUUCCCCGACACCAAGAAGACCUACUGCUUUGACGCCUUCCCCAACAUCGAGAAGGUGUCCAAGAUCACAUCACCGGUGCUCAUCAUCCACGGCACCGAGGACGAGGUGAUCGACUUCUCGCACGGGCUGGCCCUCUACGAGCGCUGCCCCAAGGCCGUGGAGCCCCUGUGGGUGGAGGGUGCCGGCCACAACGACAUCGAGCUCUACAGCCAGUACCUGGAGCGCCUGCGGCACUUCAUCUCCCAGGAGCUGCCCAGCCAGCGCACCUAG